AUGAGCUCUUCGGCGAAGCGCAUCCAGAAGGAGCUCGCGGAGAUCUCGCUCGAGCCCCCGACGAACUGCAGCGCGGGGCCGAAAGGCGACAACCUGUACGAGUGGGUCUCCUCCAUCAUGGGCCCGGGCGGGUCCCCGUACGCGGGCGGCGUCUUCUUCCUGGACAUUCACUUCCCCACGGACUACCCGUUCAAGCCCCCGAAGGUGACGUUCAGGACGCGCAUCUACCACUGCAACGUGAACAGCAGCGGCCAGAUCUGCCUCGACAUUCUUAAAGAUCAGUGGAGCCCCGCGCUCACCAUCUCGAAGGUGCUGCUGUCCAUCUGCUCGCUGCUCACGGACGCGAACCCGCACGAUCCGCUCGUGGGGACGAUCGCGCAGCAGCUCCUGAACGAUAAGGCCGCGCACGACAAGACGGCGACGGAGUGGACGCGCAGGUACGCGCAAGGGUAG